GUGUGCCGGCCACAUUGCACGACAUUUCUGUACUAUAACUGCCCACUUCUGCUCCUACCUAUCCGCAGUAAACCCAUCUUUCGCGUCUCCCAAAAAAGCGCUCAAUUGCAAUUCCAACCCCAUCGCUGCUUUAUCUCUACACACACCGCAAAUAUGUCUAUGAUAUCGCAAACACUACAAGGCGCCGUCCUCAGCAUAACCUCCAAUGUCCUCGCACAAGCCAUAACCUCCUACCAAGACAGCACACCCUUCGCCCUAAACUACAACCAAGUCCUCCAAUUCGCCCUCUUCAGCAUCCUCAGCAACCCCCCCAACAUAAUCUGGCAAGGCUUCCUCGAAGACCAAUUCCCCACAAACGUGGCCUCCGCCGCCUCCGCAUCCGAAAAACCAACGUCCUCCAAACCCCCCACCAAAACGAGCCUCAGCAAAACAAACGUCCUCAUCAAAUUCAUCCUCGACCAAACCAUCGGCGCUGUUAUGAACACGCUCAUGUUCCUGGCGUACAUGGGCUAUGUGAAUGCGCAGGGUAAACCGGGCGUGGACGCCAUGCAGGUUGUGAAGGCGGAUUGCAUGAAUAAGCUGUGGCCGAUGAUGAAGGAUGGGUAUAAGUUUUGGCCGGCGAUUAGUCUGAUUAGCUUUUUGUGGAUACCCGUGGAUAAGCGGAUAGUUUUCGGUUGCUCGGUGGGUGUGGUGUGGGGGAUUUAUUUGAGUUUGGCCGUGGGCGCGUAAAUAGGGUACGGGAGGGAAUGUAAAUGUUGGUGGGUUGGGAGAUCGUGGAUGUGGAUAUGGAUGUGGAUGUGCUUGUGGUUGGAUACCCUUAGAAUGGCAUGUUUGGCACGUUGGGGUGUUGGGGUGGGGUAUAUGAGGGCAUUAUUACGGAGGCGGUCUCAACGGCUUGGACGAUUAUUACGGUCUUUUACGA